GAGCGCUCACCCGGCACGGCUCCCUCGGCACAGCUCCGGACAGGGGACCGGCCGCUCUACCCAGGAUAAAAGGCGCGGUGCCCCCGCGGCGGGGCGGUCCGGCCCGUCGGCGCCUGGCGCUCSGUUGCCUGGCGCUGUUGUCAAGCGCCGGGCAUGGCGGCCACCGGCGUUGCGGCCAGGGCGGGGGAUGCUGCGAUCGGGGCGGGGGAUGAGGUGUCCGGAGCGGGCCUGGUAGUCAACUGCUCAGGUCAAGGAUUGCAAAAACUGACUCCAACCUUGCCCUUUGAUGCUGAAACUCAGACUCUGAUUCUGGACAAAAACCAGAUAAUUAAGUUGGAACACUUGGAGAAAUGCAAGAAUCUCAUGCAGCUCUCUGUAGCCAACAAUCGUUUGGUGCGAAUGAUGGGUGUAGCAAAACUGACCCAGCUUCGAGUGCUCAACUUGCCUCAUAAUAGUAUUGGGUAUGUGGAAGGGCUGAAGGAUUUGGUACACCUGGAAUGGCUGAAUUUAGCAGGAAAUAACCUUAAGGUCAUUGAACAAAUCAAUUCCUGUCUGUCUCUUCAGCACCUUGAUUUGUCAGACAAUAACAUAGCUCAGUUAGGCGAUCUCUCCAAGCUUACCUCGCUGAAGACUCUGUUGCUACAUGGAAAUAUUAUAACUUCACUUCGCACUGCUCCUGUUUGCCUACCUCAGAGUUUGACUAUUUUUUCUUUGUCAGAAAAUGAAAUCAGAGACUUAAAUGAGGUUUCUUUCCUGGCCUCUCUUCGCCAAUUGGAGCAGCUGUCCAUUAUGAACAAUCCUUGUGUGAUGGCCACACCCUCUGUCCCUGGCUUUGACUACAGGCCUUAUGUUGUCAGCUGGUGUCUGAACCUUAAAGUUCUCGAUGGAUAUUUAAUUUCUCAGAAGGAAAGUUUGAAAGCAGAAUGGCUCUAUAGUCAAGGGAAAGGAAGAUCAUAUCGACCUGGGCAGCAUGUUCAGCUAGUUCAGUACUUGGCUACUGUUUGUCCUCUCAUAUCUGCAUAUGGACUCCAGACUGAAGAGGAUGCCAAACUGGAAAAAAUACUAAGUAAGCAAAGACUCCAUCAGAGGCAGUUGAUGCAUGAAAACCAAAAUGAGGAACCACCUACACYUUCUGCUCCCAGUAAAACAGUGCCAGUUGCUCAUGAACACAGUGGUCUGGCCCAGCCAUCACAGAUGGUUCUUGAAAAGGAACCUGUCAUCAAGAGGAAUUCUUGGGUUGGACAAAAUGGUGAUCAUUCCUAUGCAGUAAAGAACACUUGUCUUGUUCAAAGAAGCUCUCCCAAGGAGCUAUACCUUGAAGAUGUUCAGACAGAUGAAGACAAACUAAACAGCAGCCUUUUAUCCUCAGAGUCAACUUUCAUGCCAGUUGCUUCAGGAUUGUCUCCAGUGUCUCCUGCUUCAGACCUGAAGCUACAURGAAUCAGUUUGGGCUUAGAAGAUGAUGAUGAUAAAGUGAUUGAAUGUGUGAGAGAUGUUAAUAGUAGGGAAAAAACUAACAAGCAAGAAGCUUUGGCUGKUACAGGGGAGCACUUGAACAGUGCAGCAGGAAGUGUGGAAACGCAAGAGAAUAUCAAAGAGAUCCCGCAGUUGGGAUCAGUGACAGCUGGCCUGGCUGCUAAGACUGGCAGCUCUCUGGGGACCUCUGAAGGCCAMGUUCUGCACAAUCACUCCAGCGCCUCAUUAAGUGCUGAAUCAGGAGUAAAAGCUCUUUGUCCUGACCAGAUGACAGGAGAAAGUUCUGGUUCAUUGGCUGUGCAAUGUGCAGCACCAUCUGAUCAAGGUGCAGCUGUGGUGCAAAGGAUGACUGAAGCAGCUACCAAGCUUCAAGCUUCUUGGAGAGGAUUUUACACGAGGAACUACCAUCCUCAAGCCAAGGAAGUGCGGAAUGAAAUUCGAUUGAAGAGAAUGCAGGAGCACAUCAUUUGCUUAACUGCUGAAAUAGAAAAACUAAGAAAAGAAAGAGAGGAAGAGAAAAUGCAGAGRCUUGUACAGGAGGAAGCUGUCAAAUUUCUUUGGAACCAGGUUAAAUCCCUUCAACAAUGGCAGCUUUCAGUGACACAAAGUUUAGGUGGUGCUGGGAUGAUCCCUUCAGCCAGUGCUUUUUGUUCAUCCAAACCACCUAAUCAGUCAUCCACAGUGGAACAAGAAACCCCACCAGAUAYUAGUUCUGCUUUGUUAGUUGCAGCUAGUGAGGAUGAUCUUCAGGAAAAGUCUUUGUUGCAGUUCCCAGAUUCUGGUUUUCAUUCUUCUGCAGCUGAUCAGACUCAUGCCAAUGACCUGUGUAACUCUGAAAAAAGUUUAGCUGAAGGAACAGAGAGCUCCCUUUCAAUGGAAACCAUCAAAGAGUGUGGCAAUUGUGUUUCAGCMUGUUCUUCAGAUGUAGAGGAUGGCCCUGGGGAGUGUGAGCAAAGUAAAGAGAGCUCUAGUAAUGAACAGGACAGCGGACUGAUACAACAGUAUUUGAAAUCUGUUCAGCAGCUGGARGAGGCUGAUGAWGACACAGAUUGCAAUGAGGAAAUGGAGGGCAGCUGUCUACAAAUCGCUGUGUCACCAAAAAGCCAAGAUUCUUCUUCUGACUCUGUCUCUGUAGAGCUCCCUCAAGAUACAUCUUCCCCUGUUCGAGGUGAAAUCUGUCAGAUACCACCAGAAAGCUACACAUUGAAUUCAAGAAUGGUGGAAGGGAAGCAAACAGACUGUGAUUCUUCAUUUCAGAUGCGGCAUGUUGGGGUAGCUGUAUAAUAGGUUCAGUUCCACAAAGGAUUAGGGAUUCCAUUUUACUUUCCUUUCUCUCUUUUUCCUAUUUAUACCAAUCUUAUUUUUCAUGUGUGCUGUUUCAGAUUUUGACUCAUGUUAAAAAUUUAUGUUGUAAUUAGUAUUUUAUURAUGUUGCUGAGAAUUGACACUAACUAUGCUAACCUGAAAUCAGCAAAGUUCUCAGUGACAACCAUUAUGCACUUUAUUUUCAAACAUAAAACUCUUACCCUAACAAUUGGCCUCCAUUAAAUUAAUGCUGAAGAUUGGGGGGGRUGGAUGGCGGUGGUGGUAAUGUUUGCUGUAAAUUCACUUUGCUGAAUGUGUUAGUAACUGUUUGCU